AAGUCGUCCCCACAACGCCUAGACUUUCUCACUUUUGCCCUUCUCUGAUUUGAAAGGCUGACGAGCGAAAGGAUUUUCCCAUCUUUCCAGGCACGUUCUCCCACUCUCUCUUUGCCGUUGCAGCUUCACCGCGACGUUAGUGGAAGCAGGAGGGGGAUGGCAGCGAUGGAGGAGAGAGGAGACGGGGGUUUCCCGUACUGGACGUCGGUUCGCCGGAGGUUCGAUCCCGAUUCUGCCUUCUUCUCUUCCGGCAACGUCGAGCGCGAGCUCCUCGCUAAGCAGGUUGCACUAGAUAUAACUGAAGAUGAGAGGCAUCAACUUCAGAACUUGAUGGAUGAGGAAAGCAGGGGAGUUUUCUGUCCAAUUGUUGGCUGUGGUGCACACUUAACAUCUUUAGAGAACUUUGAAGAUCAUUACAAUGCACGGCAUACAGCUUCUUGUUCGGUUUGCUCCAGAGUUUACCCAACAUCCAGACUCCUCAGCAUACAUGUAUCAGAAGCACAUGAUUCUUUCUUUCAAGCAAAGGUUGCUCGUGGUUUUGCUAUGUAUGAAUGCUUGGUGGAAGGCUGUGGAUUGAAGUUCAAAACCUACAAAGCUCGACAACGGCACCUAAUCGACAAGCAUAAGUUCCCCACUUCCUUUGAGUUUUACAAAAAGGCUCAUCCAUCUAAGAAGCAAAGGCAGAAGAACCAUCGUAAGCAGGUCACUCAUAAGAAAGAGGUAGCUCCAAGUGCUAUGGAAGUGGAAAAUGAAGCCAUGGAUGAACUUGUUUCCGCAGUCUCCAAAUUAAGCACUUCAGAUCCUCCUACGUCUAUCAGCUUUGGUCGUCGCCACACACGAGGCUUGCCGUUUGUACCUCGAGCCAUUCAGCGUGAGAGAACAUAAGAAUCCCCGGAUUCUAAUGGAAAGCACUGAAGCAGUAGUCAUUGCGCUAAAUUGAGUUUCAGGGGAUGCACUCUAUAAUUUGUUUUGAUGAGUUUUUCCAAUUUCGGUUCUGUAUAGCAUGACCUAUUUAACUGAAGAACAGUAAUUCAAGUUUUGAAAGCUCGUGGAAGAGCUUCCUGGUUGUAUAUUAGUCAUGAUCUACGAUUUUGAUUGCACUCGUGGGAGCGUUGCAUCAAGCUUCUCAAAGUUGUCAUGUUGU